CGAAACGACGCGGUCCAAAGAGCCAUGGUCCAUCGCGCCCAACCCCCGCGUCGGCGCGACUUGAGAAGAAGCUGGAUGACCUCAUGUCUCUAAUGAGACUCCAACAGGCCCCGGUUAAUUUUCCAAACGUCUCUCCCCAGCUUCAAGAGGCUACCCAUGACGAUGACGACGGCAACGAAACUUCGCCCACCUUGACGAAUGAUACGCCUACAGCUUUCCAACCUGAGACAUACGCCGAUGAGCCCUCCCUCGAAGAAGCAGAAGUUACUUUCCAGCGAUUCCGUGACGAGAUGGUGCCCUUAUGCCCUUACGUCUACAUUCCGAAUGAAUGGGACGCAGCAACGCUCCGUCAACAAUACCCAUUUCUCUGGUUGAGCAUCAUGAGCGUAGCCUCUCUCCCCACCAAAACCCGAUAUUCCCUUGGCCGCCAAGUCAAAAACAUUAUAGUUCAAAAGAUAGUGGCUGACGGCACGAGAAGUGUCGACAUGUUGCUUGGAGUUUUGACCUUUCUUUGCUGGAUGCAUCUACUUCCCAUGGACAAGUUGUUUGGUUCGAUGGUUUCGCAAAUCGCAGUGGCGUUGAUUCAGGAUCUCGGCUUGAACAUGACGCCGCCCGAAUACCCGUCCAAGGUUGGGCAACUCCUGAACGGUAAAGGGUUUGGACUCUUGCCGCAGAUCCGCAAGGACAGGACUAUGGAGGAUCGAAGAGCCCUCAUAGGAGCUUAUAUAAUUACCUCCAUGACAUGCCACGCAUUCAGAUCUGCUGAUGGCCUUUGCUGGUCGACUUAUCUCGACGAAUGCUUAAACUACGUUUCUAAUAAUAGCACUGAACCACACGAUCACGUUCUCAUCACACAAGCGAAGCUGCAACUCAUAAUAAAUCGCCUUCGCUCGGCGUACCGUGGAGGCAAUAAUGUCCAAGUACCUGCUAUCUACUCUGAUGCUCUCCGCUCAGAACUCGAUAGCCUUCUAACCCUCACCGAUGGGGUCAGUAAUACCUUUGACAACAACUCUGCAAUGAAGAGGCUAUACCAUUUCAGUAUGCUUAUGGUACACGAAUCUUUUCUUAAUAAGUCUUCAGUGUCACACGACAAAGAUAUGCAGAAUUUUGCACAUUACCAUCGCGUCGUCAACUCACUACAGUCUUGGCUUGAUCUUUACUUUUCAAUACCGCUGGACCACCUACGAUUUCUGCCGGCUAGUAACUACAGCCAACUAUACUACGUCACGGUGUUCAUAUAUCGAAUCACGGCUUUAAAAGUACCUACCUGGAACUCACUCUUGGUUGAAAAGGGCGCCGAAUUGGUGCCAGUCUUGGACACAGUGAUACAGAGAUUUGAGCAAGCGGCGUUGUCCAUACCGGAUUCCCAGUCGGAUCAGGCUUUCCUACUCGGCAUCCAUAAGUUUAGCGCGUUGAAAGCGGUCUUUAAAAGUGAAUUUGGUUCUGGCAUAGAUGAGGAAAACGGCAUGUCUCUCUUGCCGCAAGACACCUUCAUGACCAUGGCUGAAGCAGACUUUUCGCCCUUCCUUCUGGACCCGGCAAUGUUUCCAAUGAUGCAGGAUAUCUUCGAUGACAUCCCGUGGCAA